AUGCGGGAAAACGCGCAGCGUGGAUAUGGAUACCCAAAGCCGCAGGCGGGACGUCGGCGCGAAGGCGGCACGGAUCGGUACCGCACAAAAUCAUACCGCACGUACGAUGCUCGCACUUCGCGCGGCGACGAUCGGAAACGACAGCGGCGCAGCCCAAGUCCAGUGUCGCGGGAAGGGCCCCGUCCGUAUCGUCCGCGGUGGCAGGAGGACAGGCGGCACCCACGCCGAUCCCCGCCGAGGGAGGAUGCACGAGGCACUGUACUCUUGCGAAAGACGGAGCUUCAUGGCGACGCCGACAAACGGGGACUGCCCGACGACCAGGAUCGGCGGCCCAUGACGCUGGAAGAGCGGCUUGGACCGUCGCCGGGCGCGCAAAAGCGGCUUAUGGAUAGCAGUGAGACGCACUGCAAGGCGGAAACAUCGCGAGCGCGGCAGGGUAAAACGGGGGUUCGAGGCGACGCGGACGCUACGCGUUUGGACACGCCCAAGGACGGAGCACGGCCUAAUCUUUCCGCCCCCCCGGGUCCUCCCCCGGGUCCUCCUCCCGGCCCGCCACCGAAAUUGCGGCCGAAACAAGAGGUGGUUACUGCGCGUGCGUCCUGCGCAUACGCGGACGAGGCAUACGAAGUCGUGAGCCAAGUGGGCGAAGGCACCUACGGCCAAGUAUACAAAGCCAGUGCUCCACGCAGCGGCGCAUUGGUUGCGCUCAAGCGGAUCCGUAUGGAAGCUGUCAAGGAAGGCUUUCCCGUCACCUCGAUGCGCGAGAUGAAACUACUGCAAACUCUGCGACACGAAAAUGUGAUCCGUAUGCACGAGGUCAUGACGAGCCGCACAGGCUCGGUCUACAUGGUGUUUGAAUACAUGGAACACGAUCUAAACGGAAUCCUAGUUCAUCCCAAUGUCACCUUUACGCCUGCGCACCAGAAAUCGCUCGCGAUGCAGCUUUUGCAAGGGCUCGCAUACCUGCACCGCCGCGCGGUGCUGCACCGCGACCUAAAAGGCAGUAACCUGCUUCUGAACAAUGCCGGCACGCUGAAAAUUGCCGAUUUUGGGCUUGCGCGCACCUACUACAAGCGCCACCAGGGCGACUAUACAAACCGCGUCGUCACCCUCUGGUACCGACCGCCGGAACUGCUGCUGGGUGCGACGCAGUACGGCCCCGAAGUUGAUGCAUGGGGCGCCGGAUGCCUUUUUAUGGAGCUCUUCACGCGCCGUGCCAUUUUCCAGGGCCAGGACGAGAUUGGUCAGCUGCAUGCCAUCACCAACGUGCUGGGUCCAUUGUCGGCGCUCACAUGGCCGGACCUGGAGAAGCUGCCGUGGUUCGAGCUCCUGCGAAUGGAGCACGAUAGUGCCGGUGUGCAUACAUCCGCAGAUACCCCUUUUGUUGCAUGGGCGCAGAUGAGUGCUGGAUUGAGCACAGGCGCUGUCGUUCUUGCUCGCAACUUGCUUGCCUAUGACCCUACGAAACGAUGGUCCGCCGCACAAGCACUCGAGAGCGCCUACUUUACUACAGAGGACCCACGGCCAGAGGCACCCGCAAAUGUACUCGACGCAUUGCAAGGCGAGUGGCACGAGCUCGAAUCCAAACGCGCGCUGCGUAAGACGCGCCGGUAG